CCUCCCUGUUUUGAGACGGUUGGACUUACUUAGCAAUGAAGAACAAUGAAGAAUGUAAAAGGAAUGACGUUAUUCCCGAAGUCUGCCAUCAAUAGCCGAGCAGGUCCCUAUGGAUACAACGUGCAGAUAUUAGCCGCCUGCUUCCAGCGCGUAGACAGAGUUGGCUUAAACUGCAGAAACUUGUGACGCUAAUGACGAGAGGCUGGAGUAAAAGUAGUGGUGUUUUGCCGAAUUAACUUUAAAGUAAUCAAACAAAAAAUCCGAAGGCAGCACGACAAGUGAACAAAUGGACACCUGCGGCGGUCUGAGGGUCCGGCGAGUCGCUGUUACGCUGUGCUUCAUGGCUGUUAUUGUGAGGGUUUCUCCUGGCCUUCCACUUCAGAAUACUUCUGUCAAUCCCACUAAAAACAUUUUCCAGGGUUUAUUUGAACCAGCGCCAUCCAAACAAGAGGAGCAUUCUGUUUAUUGUCCAAAUGCAGAUGGCCCCAUCCAUUAUUCUUCUGAUUUGUUGAGAAUGCUAAAUAGACAUUCCCAAGUGUCAGAAUUCACAAAGCCAGUGUAUUCAUUUCAAAUACAUGAAGAUGCCUUACCUGGAACCAUUGUAGGCUGUGUGCAUGCCAGUUUUGGUGCUCAGGAGAAUGAUGGAAUAACGUACAUCAUUGAAGAAGAUGAUGGUGGUGGACUCUUUCUCUUAAAUCGUAUCACUGGUGAAUUUACAUUGAUGCGACCAUUGGAUUAUGAAUGUGAGCGGUUUUAUAUCUUAUCAGUAAAAGCUGCCAACUCAAAUUCAUACUCAGGAGUGGUACGCGUGUAUUUCAAUGUAAUCGACAUCAACGAUAAUCCUCCUGUCUUCCACUACCAAACAUACACAGUUUCAGUUUUGGAAAAUCUCUCCAUUGGAUCAAGUAUCCUCUCCCUCAAUGUGACAGAUAUUGAUGAAGGUUACAAUGGUGACAUACGAGUGACAGUGAUUUCAGGGGAUGAUGAUGGAAAAUUUGCUGUAGACUUACAAGGUGUGCUUCGCAUAAUGAAGGAACUCGACCGAGAGCAAGAGUCUGUAUUUAGUUUGACUGUGCUAGCCAUGGACCAAGCCAUGCCUGAAGCCACAAGACUGUCCAGCUCUGCUCACAUUACUGUUUAUGUUCUGGAUGUGAAUGACAAUGCUCCCCGUUUUUUAUCUAGUAACAAUAUCAGUGUUCCUGAGAAUGCUGCCAUUGGGACAAUAGUGACCGUGGUUCAUGCCAUAGACCUUGACAGCGGCGUUAACAGCCUUGUUGAGUACUCCUUGGAUUCAGGGAUGAGCCACAUGUUUCAAAUCAAUAAAACAAGCGGUGUCCUUUCACUUAUCAAAGAACUUGACCGAGAGAACACCAGCAUUUUAACUCUUCAAGUGACUGCCAUUGACCAAGGAUUUCCUCCCAGGUCUGUUGCCAUGAAUUUAACUAUUUCUGUUAGAGAUGUUAAUGAUAAUGAUCCUGUCUUUACUGAAAACAUUUAUGCGGUAAUGGUGGCUGAAAACAUUCUUCCCGGAUCUGGUUUGCUCAGUGUUUUGGCUUCAGAUUCAGAUGAAGGUGUGAAUGGAGAAGUGUCUUACUUCAUUCACCAGAAGAAGUUCAUUAUUGACUCUUUCAGUGGGGAAAUCUCUGUUAUUGAGAUGCUGGACCGUGAAAGCUCACCAGAGCACAUAUUUAUUGUUAUUGCCAAAGACCAUGGAAGUAUUGCACGGUCAGCUUCAGCAACAGUUCACAUUUUCCUUAAGGAUGUUAAUGAUUUCACUCCCACCUUCUUUCCACAAACAACAACAAUUCAUGUGAACGAAAACCUGAACCAGCUACCUCGUGUCAUUUUUCAGGUAUCAGCUCUGGAUGAGGAUGAGGGUCUAAACAGCCAUCUUACCUACCUAAUAAGCAAAGGAAAUGAUGAAGGACAGCUUAGCCUCUCUCCAGAAGGCAAACUCAGUGCCCUAAAGAGCUUUGACCGAGAGGUCAAAGCACAUCAUUCCAUAGAGAUCCUUGCUUUGGAUUCAGGCCUUCAUGCAUUGACUGGCACUGGAACGAUUUUCAUUAUAGUUGAGGACAUGAAUGAUAAUGCACCACUUUUUAAUAAGAAGAUGUAUUCUAUCAGUGUAAAAGAAGAUUCUGCAAUCGGUUCUGUAUGUCUCAGAUUAACUGCCAUGGAUCCUGAUGCAGGAAUUAAUGGGGAAGUAAGGUACUCUUUGGAAGCUACGAAUUUACCCUUUUCAAUUCACCAGUCAACGGGAGACAUCAUCACAACAGGAGAAUUAGACAGAGAGACCCAAGCCAAUUACACCUUGACUGUUAAGGCUUGUGACAUGAGUGUCCCCCAGCCUCUUUGUAGCUCAGUUGUAGUGUAUGUAACAGUUGAGGAUGUUAACGACAUGAGACCCCAGUUUUUGAACAGUCCAUAUGUGGCUAACGUUCCAGCAGCUAUUUAUUCAGGGUCAAUCAUAAGUACUGUCACAGCAAUCGACGGUGAUGCAGAAAUGAAUGCAAAGCUCAACUACUCUUUAUUUGGACCAAAUGCCAAUAAAUUUAAUAUUGACCCAGAAAGAGGAGUCAUUUUUGCCUCGCAAAACAGCAGUGAAACUACGGAUAUUACAGUCAAUGUACGUGUCGCAGACAAUGGACAGAUACCUUUAGUAGACAGCACAACUGUGACAGUCAGAUUCAAAACCAGCAAUGACUUCCCUCAAGUUUCCACAUUUGUCUACAAACAUUUGCUUUCCGAAGACCAAUUUGAAAAUACUGUGGUUGCCAGAGUGAUGUCAUACACAAAGAGAAAAAGCCAGAGAGGGGCAAUUUCUUACUAUCUAGCUGCAGGAAAUUUUGAAGAUGCCUUUCAGGUAGAUCAGUAUACUGGAAUAUUAAGGGUUAAGAAUCCAUUAGAUUAUGAGUCCAACAGUCAGUUCCAACUUUGGGUUGAAGCUAGAGAUGCUGGCCUGCCACCAUUUUCUUCAUAUUCCAAAAUGACUAUCUCCAUCAUGGACAUGAAUGACAACUCUCCAGUAUUCACUCAAAAUGUCUACCAAUGUGAAGUGUUUGAGAAUUCACCCAUGGUAUAUGUGUGUCAUGUUUCGGCAGUAGAUUUAGACUCUGGAGCUAAUGGUGCAUUAGAAUAUAGCAUUGUAGGAGGAAACACUAAAAACUCUUUCUCUAUUGAUCCCAGGAGUGGUGUUGUAAAAACUAUGAAAGUUUUAGACAGAGAGGAAAUUGCAGUAUAUAAACUUAUUGUUCAAGCCAAAGAUAAGGGGAAAGAUCCAAAAGCAGGCACAUCUAUGGUGAUUGUAAAUGUUCUGGAUAAAAAUGACAAUGCUCCUCGGUUUUCACAGAUUUUCCUAAAGCAUAUUCCAGAAAAUACACCAAUUGGAUGUACAGUUUUAAGAAUAACUUCCACAGAUGAGGAUAUAGGAAUCAAUGGUAUGAGUACCUAUACAAUAAUUGAUAGCACAAAUAACUUGCCAUUUAAAAUAGGCCGGAAAGAUGGCUACAUCACUGUGACACAACCGUUAGACAGGGAAAUAACCGAUCGCUACAUCGUGAGAGUAAAUGCUAAUGACUCUGCAUGGAGCGUUAACACAGAUGUGACUAUCUACGUCUCUGAUGUAAAUGAUAACGCUCCUGUAUUUUCACAGGUAUCAUAUGUGGCUGUCAUCCCUGAACCAAAAGUUCCUGAGGUGGUAGUCCUAAGGGUAAAUGCCAGAGAUUCAGAUAUAGGACUGAAUGGAAGAAUCUUCUACUAUAUUAAGCCAUCAAAUAAAUUUUUUAAAGUAAAUGUUGUCAAUGGAAAUGUGAUAACAAAACAGGCAUUGAAUUGUCAGGAUUUUAGAAGAAACAGAUACAGUUUUACUGUAGUUGCUUCAGAUUCUGGUGAUGUUCCUUAUUAUAGUGAAGUAAAUGUAACCCUGAUAUUCAUUCGCUAUAAUGAUCUCCCACCAGUUUUUCAACCGUAUAGGCCUCUCAUGCCUAUUCCAAGCAGUGUGGACAUUGGCACAAAAGUCCUCAGGCUAGCAGCAAAUGGCUCCAAUAGCCAAAUAAUGGAAUACUCCAUGUCCGGAGGAAAUGCUUCAUCAUUCUUUGAAGUUGAAAAAGACACUGGAUGGAUUUUUGUGGAAAGGUCGAUAAAUCUCAGUUUGAAUAUGUUGUAUAUGAUGGAGGUGAUGGCAACAGAGAAAGGUAUUCCUUCUCUUUUAUCUCAAACACAAGUCCAUUUUCUUGUCACAGGCGAUAAUAAAUUUACUCCAGUGUUUACCUCUUCAAACCUAACUUUUUCUGUGCCCGAAGAUCUGAGUGUGGGGUCUGUCAUUGGAAGGGCGAGUGCAAGUGAUUCUGAUGAAGGUCUUAAUGGCUGUUUGCAGUAUAAGAUUGUGAAAGGAAGCAAGAAUAUUUUUGCAAUAAACAGUAGAACUGGCAUAAUCACACUUAUUCAGAGUUUAGAUUUUGAAAAAUGUCCCUCUCACCACUUAGAGAUCAGCGCCCACGAUUUUGGAUGGAAAGCCAAAAGCAGUGUUGUGAAUGUCACAAUACAAGUCCUGGAUGUUAAUGACAAUGUCCCUGUCUUUGACACUGAGCAAUUUAUUGCUUUGAUACCUGAAAACUCCCCAGUAGGAAGCAAGGUUAUCCAGUUAAUAGCAACUGAUCUUGAUUCUGACAGAAAUGCACAGAUACACUAUUCACUUCUGCAAGGAAAUACUGAACUGUUUGCAAUUGAUUCAGUUACUGGAGUCCUAGUUACAUUGGAGGUUUUUGACUUUGAGUUACAACAGACCUUUGAUUUAAUAGCAAUGGCAUCCAGUGUAGAAAAUGAAGACCAGUUUAGCAUUGCCCAAGUUCUUAUCCACAUUACAGGAGUUAAUGAAUACUUUCCCAAAUUUAGUAAGGCGAUGUUCAACUAUACAGUGUCAGAAAAAUCACCUUUGGGUACAACAAUCGGGCAAGUAAUUGCCAGUGACUAUGACUUAGGGGCCGACGGAGUGGUGUUUUAUUCAUUUAUCGGUCAAAGCAAAAUGCUUGGCUUUGACAUUGAGCAUCACUCUGGCAAAAUUGUUGUGAGCAGUAAUUUAAGAAAAUACGUAAAUAAGUGUAUCAUGUUAAAUGUAAUUGCUAAGAACGGUGGUGUUAUUACUGGAUAUAACACUGAUGAAGCUCUUGUUGUUAUUACUGUACUUGACGUAAAUGAUGCACCAGUGUUUGAAAACAGUUCAUACCAUAUUAACAUUAGUGAAGAUGCACCAGUUGGAACAUCACUCAUUCAGGUCUAUGCUGAAGAUUGGGACUCUUUUGCAAACUGGAAUCAGUUCUGUUACACAAUUAAAAGUGGAAAUAAAAACAGUUCAUUUUUUAUUAACCCUUCUCAUGGAGUCAUACAUGUUGCCAGUCCUCUAGACAGAGAGCAGUGGCCUUUUUAUACUCUCACCAUUGCUGCGGUUGACAAUGCAACAGUUCCUGCUACUGGUUGCACCCAAGUUUUUAUUGUGGUGACAGAUAUAAAUGAUAAUGGCCCCCACUUAACCUCUGAAAAAGCGUAUGUGAAAGAAAACCAACCUGCUGCUACCUUUGUCAUGCUUUUAAAUGCAACAGAUGCCGAUUUGUCUCCCAACCAAGGACCAUUUCAUUACAAACUUGCAGACUCUAAGUCAGGGGAAUAUUUUAGUCUUUCCUCAGAUGGUCUGUUGUCCACUGCUAAACCUAUUGACAUGGAGCAAACAAGUGAGUUCCAUAUACCAGUCAUAAUACAAGACUCAGGAACACCAGCAAUGUCAUCCACAAAUAUGCUUCGUGUUACCAUUUUGGAUGAAAAUGACAAUCCAUCUACAGGAAGGAGCAUUCAGAUUGAAGUGAAAUAUUUUGGGAUGGUAUUCUCCGGAGGCAUUAUUGGAAAUGUCAAGCCAGAGGACCCCGAUGUGCUUGAUGAAUUUAGCUGUAGUGUAAAAAAUAAAGGUUUCAGCAUGGUUAGCAUAUCACCUGAAAGUUGCUAUCUUAUUUCAUUACCACAUCAUGGAGAGGCAGAAUUUAAUUUUACGAUUGAAGCAAGUGACAAAAUACACAAGUCUGUUAAUAACAGCAUCUAUUUAACAUAUAAAGGCUUUACUAAUAAUAGCAUCGAUAACUGCGUUCUCAUUUAUAUUUCUACUCCAUUUUUUGAGACCUUUCUUUCUGUGAAGUACUGGAAGUUAGUAAAAGCCAUAAACUCUAUAUUUAAAAUUCAAGCUUCUACAAUUAAUGUAUUUGCCAUGCAACCUUUAGAAAAUAUAACUGUUUUAUUAUGUGCAGUAAUACACACUAAUGGACAAUACGUGGAGGGCAGUGCUGCUGCUGCCGUCCUCCGCUCUCAUAAAUUCUUCCUUGAAAUUCAAAGUAACUGUAUGAUUGUAUUAAUCACAAGUGAUCCUUGUUCCACGGAACCCUGCCAAAACAAAGCUUCUUGCUUUAAAAGCAUUUCUGUAAAUCCAGAGGUAGCUAUUCUAGAAAGUCCAUCAAUUAUUUUUGUGAGCCAAAGAGUACUUGGAUUGUUCACCUGCUCUUGUCCAAAAGGAUAUGAAGGAGAAACCUGCGAGUCAGCUAUAGACGAGUGCCUUAGACAGCCCUGUGAAAAUGGAGGAAUCUGCACAAAUUACCCUGAAGGCUUCUCUUGCAACUGCCCGGUGGGGUACUCAGGGCCAUAUUGUUCUCUGGAUGUAAAUGAAUGUGAAAGCAGUCUAUGCUACAAUGGAACAGAAUGUUUAAAUGUACCAGGAGAUUUUCGGUGCAUCUGUCAACCUGGGUAUACAGGUAGGCUGUGUGAUCACCUUCUUGACUAUUGUGCCUCAUCUCCAUGUUUGCCAGGAAUCUGUUUGAAUCACCCUACUGGAUAUAUCUGCCAGUGUCCUUUUGGUGUAAGUGGCAAUAAUUGUGAAGAAGCCAUCUAUGGCUUUGAAGAGCUGUCAUACAUGGAAUGGCCUCCAUUAGAUCCCAGAAAUAACAUCCUGUCAAUGGAAUUUGCAACAGUGGGCAACAACUCACUACUCCUAUAUAACUAUGACAAUAAAGAAGAUUCUGGGAGUGAGUUCCUUGCUCUAGAAAUAGUGAAUGGAAGACUCCAGCUAUCGUAUAACCUAGGAAAUGGAACUGUAAUGUUAAGCCCAAAAAAGUUUAUUGCUGAUGGGAGAUUUCAUGGAGUUAUUGCUAGCAGAAGUGGGAAGGUGGGAUUUAUAAAUGUGGACAACUGCUCGAACGAAACGUCUGGAUUUUGUUACUCAAGAACUGAAGGACUUGGAAGUGAAAGGACUCUGGAUGUGGGUUCCAAUAACAUGGUGUUUGGCGGAAUUAAGUCUAUUGAUUCAAUUCUCAGCCGGCCAGGACAAGUGAGAAGCAAUGACUUUAUUGGAUGCGUAAAAAAUAUGAGACUGAAUGGGAUUCCUCUGGAGCCUUCACAAGCACUGACAUAUCGCAAUAUCCAUGACAGGUGUUCUCGCAUUGGUUGGGACUGUAAGAGUGGUGUCUGCCUAAACGGAGCUACCUGCGUGGACUUGUGGUCUUUCCAUCUUUGUCAAUGUCCUAAAGACUUUACUGGAGUGGACUGUGGCACCAAAAUUUCACAGGAAUCUCAAAUAUGGUUUGAUGGAGACUUUUACUUUGAUUAUGUCAUAAAAGAAAGCUAUAGACGGAAAGAAAUGAUGUUAAACUACCUGAGAAUAAACAGUCAAUCUCAAGAUGAAGGAGCAGAGUUGGAACUAAAGUUUAAGAUAAGAAGAAUGAAUGGCAUUCUACUUUAUAUCAAGGGAAGUAAUGGCUUCACUGUGCUAAAGGUAGCCAGUGGAAAACUACAAUACAUUUAUCAUAAUGAUUCAUCUGGCAAAAUGGAACAUAUUUUUAGUGAGUUAAGACUUCAGACUGAUCACUGGCAUAUUCUUAAAGUGGUGAGAAAUGGAAUACAUGCAAAGCUCUUCUUGGAUGAUGAAUGCUUUAUUAAUUUUACUAAUCCAGCCCAGGAUUUGAUUGGACUUGAUACUGAAAGGAUUUUUCUUGGGGGAAUGCCAUCUGAGCUACCACGGUUUAAAAAUGAAACUGGGUUCUCUGGAUGCAUUGAAUAUUUCAGCUUGAACAGGACGCUUUUACCUUUUAGUGGCUGGAGUAAUAUGGUGAAAGUGACAGCAAGUCGAAUUCCAGUGAGAACUGGCUGUUUCCCAUCCACUUGCGUCGGCUCUUCCUGUUUGCAGGAUGCCAUCCAGCCAUCAUGCCUUUCUCAGCCAUGUCUGAAUGGCGGAACGUGCAUCGCUGCGGCAGACACAGAAUGGUAUUGCCUGUGCUUGGGGAACUUUACUGGGCCAUUGUGUGAAACGUGCAUGUUUGCUUUGGAAAGCAGUGACGCCUGUCAGAAAAGAGACAUAAACAUUCCUUUGUGGGUCAUAGACGCCAUACUUCCUGCCACAAUUGUUCUGUUUCUCUUCCUCUUCUUCAUCCUUCUUAAGUUUCGAGCAAUGUUUAAACAACAACAGUGUAAAGGCUCAGAUGCAACAAUGGGAGAGAGAAAGGGAACAGAGAACAAAGCUUUUAAUGAUGAGAAUGAAUGCAUGGCCGUACAGGAUAUCACUGAUGCUGCUGAUAAACAGCCAGAUGUCAUCAAGGCUAAGAAAGCCUGUAAGACUAGAGCAGUGACCUGUGUACAUCACCUUGAGCACGAGCAGCCAUGCAAGCAUAAUGAGAGGGAAUUACGAUACGAUGACGCUGACAGCACUGGCUGCAUUGCUCUGUCUGAGGCUCAGAUGACUCAUCAGCCCGGUCUCUCACAAUCUGUACCUAACCCUCAGGGGGCUAGGAGGCUUGCCAUUUUCUGUAAGCAUGCAGAAGCUCUGCUCAGUCCCCAGAGUACUGUAGGCUCAGGCAACACAGAGCAUGUAAACCCAGCUUUAACUCUGAGAAACAGUAAGGGACGUGACCCCAGGUGUCUUCCUCAGUUACCUUAUGGAAAAAUAAUCAGUGGCAAGCUGAGAGACACCCAGCAUCAAGUUGUAUGGCGCAGCCCGCGCCACAAUGUUUAUCAAUGUCAUCCUCACUUGCCAGAUUGGCCAUCUGAAAUCAUGGAUGACCUCAGAAAACUGAAUUCACCCAUGGCCUCCAGGAGAGGGCUAGAAAGCAGCAUGCUGCAUGUGGAAUCUAAUAGCAUGACAUCCUUUCCUGUGGCUCCAUUAGCAGAUAGCUCCUCUGACAGCGAAUCCCACAGCUCGUUUACUUGUUCUGAAUAUGAAUGUGAAAAAGAUCUCAUCUUCAGGAGCACCUUUGAACAGCCUGGCCUACAUGUAAGGACUGCCUGCAGUUGCUGCUCCGGACUGGCCAAUGAGGCCUGUGGUGAUCUGAGCUCUGAUGUUCACAGUCAGCCAGCCUCUGGUGACCACGGGUGGCACGGCUUACUAAGUGCAGACCUGCAUUUCAAUAGCUAUGCUGAGGUGUUUGAAGAUCUGGCUGAGCUUCCUAUUGAAGUUGAAGGUGUAAGUGAGCAGAGCUUUGACACAAAAAGUGACCCGGAGGAAAUAUUUUGACUUUUUAUAUGCA